CAGCUCCUCGCGCACGGUGGCAGCCAAUCAGCGGCCCGGUUUCUCUUCAGCAUCUCGCAGGGGAUUGAACCAUCGGGCAGAUUUGAGAGCACGUAGCGGGGGAGGAAGGAGAUCUGCGAGAAGGGCUCCGGAUCGACGCGCAAUAUUAUGAUUUUCUGAAAUCGACUGGGAGCGCUGAAGGAUUGCGUCACUGGGUGAUCGAAACGUAAAAUGAAACAAUUGCAACAGAACCAUUGGGCUUUCUCAUAUGCUGCCUGUGCUUCUCGGGAUGUGGCUGCCAACAAUAACUGCUGCAGUUUGUUUAAAACAUCUCUAUAUCCCUCUGCCUGCCAAGAUAUUUGAGUCACCAAGCAGUUUGGAUUACUGCAGAGACGAGGACUCUGAGACAGAUUGUCGGUGAUCUUAGACUUUGGGCUCAACUUUGUGAUUUUUGGGGGUUUUUUUCAUGCUGUGCAGCAGCAGAGCGAAGAGGGGACUGUCAUCAAACUGGGCACCGACUUGGAGGCUGUAUUUAGAUUAAGUAAACCUUGUUUAAUAAAGAGGCUGGGAUUGUUGUGUCUUUUGUUGAAGCAUGCUUGCAGCUCCGGAGUGAGUCUGGUUGUAUCAUCUAUUACUUAAGCAUUCAAGAAAAACGGAUAGAGGAGCGCAAAUUACAAAGAACAUCACUUUUCUGGAUUUAAAGCACAAGAAGAAACCAAAAAUCAUCUAAUACAAGCAUUUCACAGGACUCAAAUUCCUAUUCAACCAUGGGAGACCAGAAAGACAACAUAGACGACUUUAAAGUCCAGACAGCUAAGCACCCCAACAUGAGCGCAGUCCCUCUACGGCCACACAGUGAACACUCUAAAGACCGAACAUCCAAAAGGCUUUCGACGGAGUCUAAUGGGACCAGUGAUGGAGGUAUGGGCUCGUCCACACCGGUGGAGAUCACCGCUUUGGAAGAGUCCUUUCGACGCUUUGCCAUCCAUGGUGACACUCGUGCUACCGGCAAGGAGUUGCACGGCAAGAACUGGUCCAAACUCUGUAAAGACUGCGGUGUGAUCGAUGGGAAAAACAUCACCCUCACUGAUGUUGACAUUGUUUUCAGCAAAGUCAAGAAGAAAUCCUGCCGAACCAUCACGUUUGAGGAAUUCAAAGUGGCACUUGGAGAGCUGGCUCGGAAGAAAUACAAAGAAAAGACCGGAGAAGAUGCUGAGGCCGAGGUCUUCAAGCUGAUUGAGGGGAAGGCGCCGGUCAUCGCAGGAGUCACGAGAGCUGUGGCCUCGCCCACGGUGAGCCGCCUCACAGACACCACCAAGUUCACGGGGUCGCACAAGGAGCGUUUCGAUGAGACCGGCCGAGGGAAGGGGAAGGCCGGCCGGGUGGACCUCGUCGACACUUCGGGAUACGUAUCGGGAUACAAACAUCGAGGGACGUAUGAAAAGAAAGUGAACAAACCCACUGAUGGCCGACCCAUGUGAAGGCAAAACAUUUCAUCAACUGCCAAGAUGAUUUUCUACAGAGUACUCCUAGAAAGCACAAAAGAAUACAAGCUCAUACAUUUCCCAGCCCAUUUGUUUUUAUGUGUACGUCUGUGUGUAAGAGAGAUUUUUUUAAAAAAAGAUGGUUUUUAAACUAUUCUCUGUGUGAGAACUGGAAAACUGUUUACAUGUAUUUUUACGAAGUCAUCACCAGCUGGUACAUUCCUGUCUGAUAGCGAGUUACUGCCAAACACUGAGAAGAACCAAUGAGAGGAACCGCUAGAGCCUCUUAUGAUACGGCCCCUUAAUAUUCAACAAGCACAAUGAACAGAGUGCCAAGAACAAAAACAGAACAAUUUGAUUAAAAGGGGGAAAAAAAUUGCACUUUUUUUAUUUGAAAUAUUUCUAUUACCCUGUCUGGUGAAAGAAUGAUGUCGGGUUAAAGAUGACUGGCGCACUUUCUGUUUGACACAGAUAUAACUGCUGUUUGUUUUGAGAACUUUAAUCCCUCAUUUCAUCUUGAGUGCUUUUUUUUUCACCCGCACUUAUCAAUUCUGUGUUUAGGAAGUCUGGUGUCCAGUUUUUACGUUUCUUUCAUUGACUCACUAAAUAAUGCGGAGGUUCCUCAAGCCGUUUAAAUAAUGGAAACACAAGUUUAAACUGUGUGCGUAUUUUUUCACGAAAAUCUUGUAGGGAGUGAUUGCAUCCUGGUUAGACAGAUGAAAAACAUUACACCCUCAAAAAGAUCUCAAAUUAAGUCAUGUUUUUGUUUACAAGAGUAAAAUCUCACUUUAAGCAAUUUUUUUAAAAGUUAUGCAUCUGGCCUUUCUGGGCUUCUCUAAUUUUGAUAAAUAUACUACACAUCUAAGACCAGGGAAGAAAAUUAGAGGCAUUAUAAUCUGGCACAACUUUUCUACUUUAUAAUUCAUGAAACAUGAUAAAAGACCUGCCCUUUCAAUAAUAGUUUUUAAACAUAAUUAUUCUUCUGAUCUUUUGGUAUUUAAUUAUAUACAAACCAACAUGCAUUUAAAGCAGAUUAUCUUCCCCCACUGGCUAAGCUCAGUUGUACAAGAUUGUAUUUUCAACGUUUUAGUUAUGUUAUCUCCUUAUCAGAUUUAUACACAGUAGCUCUAAUAUAUUUGCUUUAAAGUUGUGUAUAUACUCUAAACUGUUUCUGCCAAUUAGCCUAAUUUAAGACACUGAAUUUUACGUAUUUAGUUUUUCUGUAUUGCUGUACCUCGUGCAUGUUGUGUAUAUUGCAUUUGAUUCAGAAGCAUAUAGAUGACAGAGGUUUUUUGUUUUUUUUCCUAAACUGCUGUGCCUGAUGUGAUUACAGACUACUGGUCAGACCUAAGUAUUUCCUUGGUUAAAAAAUAAAUAAAUAAAAUUAAGUAUUGAAACUGUGGGAUCAUGAUCAAACCUUGUAUUUGCCUGCAAUGACUGUAUGUAUUUGUACUUGUACAAAGUAAGCUGUCCUCUAAAGCUGCCCUAUUUGUCUGUACCUUUUUUGUGUAAGCUACUGUCAUCUAAGGCACGGUAAUUACCUGAUGAAAGCAGGGGUUUAAUGUUUACUUAAAUACUCUACCAGAUACAAGGGAAAACUGCAUACAACAAUUUUUGUGUAAAGUAUUUUUCCAACAUAACACUAUUGUGUGUAACACACUACCUGUAGCCUCAGCUGAUGAAGAAUCAUGCAUCGAGUGCAAAACUAGCAGCUUUUUGGUGUUAGCUUGAGUAUCUUUGUGUUUUUAAUGCCAAAUAUUGUGCACCUUUAAUGUGGAGGAAAUAUUUGUUUUUUUCUAAAAAAAAAAAACCAAACAAAAAAAACUUUUCAAGUACUAUUGUGCCCCAGUGCAUGCAGUGUACUACUUUUCUUGUUCUCAAUGCCUCUAAAAGUGUGUACUUGAUUUAUAUUGCAUUACUGAAAAUAAAUAAGCAGAAAAGAUG